AUGAGCACAAUCAGUCCAUCCUUGAAGAUCGGUCUUCAAUUUCUCGGUUUAUGGCCGGACAUGCCAUACACUAAUAUUAUCCGGUUGAUUUACAUGUCGAGCAUAUUGAUCGUGCAGUACUUUCAGUACUUGUACGUAUUCGCGUACUGCAAGCCUGGCGAGCUGCAGAAUCUCGUGGACGGCUUGCCAGUGGCGUUAGAUUACAGCUUGACCGUUAUGAAACUGAUGACGCUUUGGACGAAUUUUCGCGUGGUGCGCGAGAUACUGGCCGCUAUGGACACUGAUUGGCGCGAGUGCGUGAACGUCGAUCGGUAUUUGCAAGUGAUGAUGACGAAAGCUAGUAUCUCGCAUUUUUGCUCGAACGCUUUGGUGAGCUUCAACGCGGUCGCUGGGGUGUUUUACCUCCUGGGCGAUUAUGCAAUUGGUAUCAUAUACCUGACAGAGAGUGACAAUAACACCUCACGACCGUUUCCCAUCAAGAUACUGUUCCCCUUUGAGGCCGAGCAAUCGCCCAUCUACGAGCUGCUAGUCGUCAUCUUGUUUGCGCAUGUCAUGUUAAAUACGUACUCGGUUGCUAUUCUGAACGCGCUGAUCUUUACUCUGGUACUUCAUGCAAGCGGACAAAUCGAUAUCGUAAGUCAAGAGUUUAGAACCAUCUCUGAGAAAAUAGCCCAUUGCAAAUCUGCUGAAUAUGCAAUAGGAAUGUUGAUCGAGAGGCACCAUAAAGUUAUUGCAUUUUCCGAAAAUCUGGACAAACUCUUUUCCUUUAUGGCUUUGAUGCAAGUUUUUUGGAAUACCUUGGUUAUCUGCCCCCUAGGUCUUCUCGUCAUGUCAUCUAUUCAUAAUGAUACUGGCAUCGCCCUGGUGAAAGCCGUGUUUGCAUACAGCGCCAUAAUGUUGGAAAUUUUUGUCUUUUGCUUUGCCGGAGAAUAUCUUAGCUUUAAGAGUAGAUCACUCGCUGAUGCCGCGUAUGAAUCUUUAUGGUAUAACAUGUCGUCUAAUGAAAGUAAAAACAUAUUAUUCGUAAUCAUGAGAUCUCAGAAACAACUCAGUAUUACGGCUGGAGGAAUGACGAAUUUAUCAUUAGAAGCUUUCACGAGUGCUUCUCAGUACAUCUCUAGCCGCGUUUCUGAUUUUUUCACCUUUGAUACUUCGUUCAGAAGGAAGGGAUGGAAGUACGGGACGCGUAUUCUGAAUCUAAUGGAGAAACGCAAUAACAUGUCGUUACAACUUCCUCUCGAGCUGAAAAUCCCCUUUGAAGUCGAGCAAUCGUCACCCUCCAAGCUUCUAGUCUACACAAGCCUAUUUCUGUACGUUAUUCCACAUGCAGCGAAAGUUGGUAUUGUAUACGCCGUUAUCUACACUCCGGUAAUACCGCCGUUAGAUAUGGAUGAGCGCGUGCUCGACGGAAGAUUUGCAUUUUUAAAGAAAAAUACCUCCCUACCGCGUAAUAUGGCAAUAGUAGGAGGCAGCCUGUUGAUCGUUUUUGCUCCCGAGCCUGCAAUCUUGAUGCAUUCGACACAGCUGGGGUAA